AUGGCUCCCUCAAACAUCAUUGUGCAACGCAUUGACAAGCCUAGUGAGGCUAUGGUUGAGGAAGCAGUGAAAAUUUUCUCAGAUCUCAUGCCGAAAGAUCCUCUGGCCAUAGCGCUGACGGGCGGAAACCCUACGAUCAUUUCCAUCAUGGUCCGCGCAAUGAUCAAGCCACUGGCCCUUGUGUCUGGAGAAAUGUACACCGCUACUGACCAAAGCGGUGUCAUGGUAGCCUUCACUCUCUGUACAAGACCUGGAAGGAAUCUCUUCGACACGGAAGGUCAGUUGGAGUUAGGCUACCAUGAUCUCAUGAAGGUAUUGUCGGAAGAAGGCAAAGCUUACCAUUCACAAGCACUCAAGAAAGACUUCCCUGCCUUCAUCGAUGAAAGCAUAGGUAUCACUAAUACCGAGCUGAAUGGCUACUGGUGCAAUUUUGCGUUCGUCCGCAAAGAUUAUCAAGGCAAAGGGAUAGCCAAAGCCCUGUUUAAAUUAGCUUUCGACGAGGCGAAUGGUGAGACCUUCGGGUUGGCCACGACGAAUCCGAUAAAUGUACAAAUCUACGAGAAGAUUGGCCUGGAACUGAAAGGAUAUAAGCUCAUGAAGUCUCCGUGGAUCGAUUGGCCUGUCUGGAUAUUCGCGAAGAAGGUAGAAAUAGUGUCUUAG